CUUGGUCGCUAAAAAAAGGGGGCGCGCGAUGGAUUGAUCGUGUGUAUUUUUUUCUUAAAUGACUUGUUAUCGACACGUGGUCGGGGAGUCGUAUCAAUACCUGACGUUGCACUCCGAACCUGCCGUGUACCUAACCAACACGCGAACGUAUACUUUUGUCUUUUGUUGAGCGAGUGCUCCUCCCCACCCCCUUUUUCCUGUGUUACUCCGCUUUGGCGGAAGUAAGCCGUAUCGCUGAGGCCUCAUCCUUCCAAUGGCGACUGCAAACAGGCUGAAUAGAAAGCGGGAGCAACCGUGGAGGGGGCCAGAGCUGUGUAACUGAAAUUAAAUAAAUAUAUCAUAUUCUCUGUAGCCAUAAAGUUAGCGGAAAAUUUGUUUCAACUCUCCAAAUCACGGCCGUUUCAAUGGCCAAAAAUCGGAACAUUUCGCUCCUUGAGUCGGAGCUCUAUUACUUGAUAUCGCGUUUUCUCACAACGGGUCCAUGUCGGAGAGCGGCUGAGGUCCUUGCGAACGAGCUGGAGGAAUAUCAGCUCUUACCCGGGAGAUUGGACUGGCUUGGAAAUGAGCACCCGAGAACAUAUGAAGAUGUGGUUGCAGCCAACAGACAUAUUGCACCAAACCACUUGCUACAGAUAUGUAAGCAGAUUGGACCACUUCUUGAUAAAGAGGUGCCAUCAUGUGUCCCAGGUGUUCAUUCUCUCCUGGGAUCUGGAAAGCAGUCCAUGCUUAGGACUGCAAAAGACUGUGACAGCGAGAGGUUUAAAGCUUCAUCAUAUGCAGCCCUUCACCGGGGCAGACCACCAGAGAGGCCUUUGAACUGCAAGAAACCUCCACAGCUAGUGAAGGUGCAUCGAGGGAGAGAGCUGACCGGAGCGCAACGCUUCAGCUCCAUCUGUCCUGUCAGCAACUAUGAGCACAUGCGUCUACAUAGGCGGAUCCUGGGGCAUCUGUCUGCAGUGUACUGUAUUGCAUUUGAUCGCACUGGUCUCAGGAUCUUUACAGGCUCAGAUGACUGCUUGGUGAAGAUUUGGUCUUCGUUUGAUGGAAGGCUUCAUUCAACGCUGCGAGGACACUCUGCAGAGAUCACAGACUUGGCAGUUAACUAUGAGAAUACGCUAAUUGCUGCAGGAAGCUGUGACAAAACCAUCCGUGUGUGGUGCCUUCGUACCUGUGCCCCCGUAGCUGUGCUGCAGGGACACAGUGGAUCCAUUACCUCCCUUCAGUUUUCACCGUUUGCCAAGGGCUCCAAACGUUACAUGCUGUCCACUGGAACUGAUGCUACUGUCUGCUUCUGGCAGUGGGAUGCCAACAGCAUAAACUUUAGCGAUCGACCGCACAAAUUUACAGAGCGGCCAAGGCCAGGUGUUCAGACCGUGUGCUCCUCAUUCAGUCCAGGUGGGAUGUUUUUAGCAACAGGAAGUACUGAUGAUGUCAUCCGAAUAUAUUACUUGGGAAGUGGGAGCCCAGAAAAGAUAUCAGAGCUCCAUGAGCACACGGACAAAGUUGAUAGCAUCCAAUUUUGCCACUCAGGUGAAAGGUUUGUGAGUGGAAGUCGAGAUGGAACAGCACGGAUCUGGAAGCUCCACCAGCGGCAGCAGUGGAGGUGCAUCCUGCUGAACAUGUCUGCCACUAUUCCAGGUGUUGAGCCAAUGAGUGAAGAGGAAAGCUACUUCAAACCCAAAGUCACCAUGGUAGCGUGGGAUCGCCAUGACAAUACAGUCAUCACGGCUGUUAACAACCAUCUCCUCAAAGUGUGGAACUCCUACACAGGACAGCUGCUACAUAUCCUUAAAGGCCACGAGGCAGAGGUUUUUGUCCUCGAACCUCACCCUUUUGACCCCAGGAUCAUCCUGUCUGCUGGCCACGAUGGGAACGUGUUCAUAUGGGACCUGCUGCGAGGCACAAACACACAGCAUUACUUCAACAUGAUUGAAGGCCAGGGUCACGGAGCUGUUUUUGACUGCAAAUUCACUCCCGAUGGUCAGCGUUUCGCCUGCACGGACUCCCAUGGCCAUCUGCUCAUCUUUGGCUUCGGCAGUUCCAAGCCCUAUGAAAAGCUUCCAGAUCAGGUGUUCUUCCACACAGACUACAGACCGCUGAUCCGGGAUGCCAACGGCUUUGUGCUGGACGAACAGACACAGCAGGCUCCCCAUCUUAUGCCACCACCGUUUUUAGUGGAUGUGGAUGGAAACCCUCACCCCCCACGGUACCAGCGACUUGUCCCAGGGCGGGAGAACAUUGCUGCAGAGCACCUGGUACCUCAGCUGGGAUAUGUAGCCACCAGUGAUGGUGAGGUGGUAGAGCAGGUCAUCAGCCAGCAGACUGCAGAACCCGAGGAGGUUGCAGUCAGACGCAGCAGCCUUCUGGACGAGGCCAUCCGACAGCUUCAAGAGCAACAAGACAGACAGAACCAGCCUGAGACGGGAGCAGUACCCGAAGGGCCAGCCGAGGCCCAAGGCUCUGUGUUGGCUCCAGCACCAAGCACACCGCGAAGAGUGUCCGUGAACGACCGAGCAGAUGUGCAGUCACCCCCUAAUGUGGGUCUUCGCCGCAGUGGACAAGUGGAGGGCGUACGACAGAUGCACCAGAACGCUCCUCGCAGCCAGAUGGCCACUGAGAGAGACCUGCAGGCCUGGAGACGCAGGGUGGUGGUACCCGAACUUCCACAUAGCAGCUACAGGGACCAGGAGGACGUUCGAGUAGCCAGAGGAGACGAGGAGGUGGUUCAGUACAAUGUAAAGAAGAGGCGCAUUAUGUACAGCAGCUGUCGAGAUGAUUCAGACGAUGAGCCUUCCACCGCGAAGCGAGCGCACAGCCGUGGAGAUGCAUUGGAAUACAUCGACGAAUCGUGUGAAGAGGGAGAGGAGACGGCAAGUUCGGAGAUGCACUCAGAGGACAAUGAGCUGGAUGGUAGUGACCUAGAUUCCUCCAAUGAUGAGGAAGAGUGGAAAACUGACAGCUCAAGCCAUACAUCCAGCGAAUACUCUGACUGGACGGCAGACGCUGGUAUAAAUCUGCAGCCCUCAACUCCACUGUCAUCACGGAAACGAGUAAGACGCAGACUCAGCAGCUCUGAAGAGGAGGAGGAAGAGAACGAGGAAGAGGAGGAAAAGCAGCAAAGUGAUGAGGAGGAAAGACCUAAAAAGAAAGGCAAAGAGAAGGCAAAGAAGGCAAAGAACAAGUUUCCUCGGCGUCCAAAGCCCAGACCAUCCAUUAACAGGGAAGUGUCCAAUGAGUUCAGACCAUCACCGUGGAUCACUGAUGUCAUUCCCAGGAAGUCUCCUUUUGUUCCCCAAAUGGGUGAUGAGGUGAUCUACUUUCGGCAGGGACACGAGGCCUACGUUGAAGCUGUAAGUCGGAGUGAGCUGUACGACAUCAAUUUAGAAAAGCAGCCCUGGAAGAGAAUGGAGCUCCGGGACCAAGAGUUUGUGAAGAUCACUGGAAUCAAAUAUGAAGUUUGCCCGCCAACACUUUGUUGCCUGAAGCUGACGCUCAUUGACCACGGCACCGGCAAAAUCACAGACAAGUCAUUUUCUAUCAAAUAUCACGACAUGCCAGAUGUGAUUGAUUUCUUGGUGCUGAGGCAGUGUUAUGAUGAGGCGCUUCGAAGAAACUGGCAACCAAACGACAGGUUUCGCUCGGUGAUAGAUGAUGCCUGGUGGUUUGGGACCAUCAUCUGCCAGGAGCCCUACCAGCCGCAGUACCCAGACAGUCUCUUCCAGUGCUUCAAAGUCAAGUGGGAUAAUGGUGAAACUGAGAAACUCAGUCCUUGGGAUGUGGAACCUAUUCAGGAUGAUGCCCCACAGCCGGACACAGAGGGAGGUGGUAUACCUGUGACCGCAGAGGAGAUGAGGGAGCUGAUGUACAAGCCUCUGCCAGGCGAGUGGGGUGAGAGGAGUAGGGAUGAGGAGUGUGAACGACUCAUCGCUAGCAUCGAUCAGCUCAUCACUGUCGAGAUUGCAGCUCCGUUCUCUGGUCCCGUGGACUUGGUCCAGUAUCCCAGCUACUGCACCGUGAUCGCCUAUCCCACAGAUCUGGGCACCAUCAGACUGCGGCUCAUUAACAGAUUCUACAGACGCCUCUCAGCAUUAAUUUGGGAUGCCAGGUAUAUUGCACAUAACGCCCGCACUUUCAAUGAGCCAAGGAGCAAGAUUGCCCACUCUGCAAAAAUCAUCACCAACGUCCUCCAGAAAUUUGUCAAUAAUCCAAGCUGCACAGAUAUCAUGGAGAUCUACAAUGAAGUGGAAGAAAUGGAUGAUGACGAUGAGGAAGAAGACACCGAAGCGCCAGGAACAUCUGCUGGACACAGACUGCGUCAGCGCUCUGUAGAAGUGCUGCCAGACAGAGAUGCCUGGAAGGAACAGUGCAAGAGUCUGCUCAACUACAUAUUGGAGUGUGAGGACUCGGAGCCGUUCAGGCAACCUGUGGAUCCUCAGAACUAUCCAGACUACCACGACAUCAUUGACACACCCAUGGACUUUGGCACGGUGAAAAGGACCCUGGAGGAAGAUCGCUAUGAAAACCCCACAGAGCUGUGCAAAGACACACGCUUAAUAUUUGCCAAUGCUAAAGCUUACACACCCAACAAACGCUCCAAGAUUUACAGUAUGACCUUACGGCUCUCUGCCUUCUUUGAGGAGCGAAUAAGAACAAUCAUAUCAGAGUACAAAACCGCUGUCAAAAGCAGCAAUAGGCUCCGCCGCAGUCAGAGGUUUCGCAAGAAGAUACUGCAGCAACAGCAGGACCACCCCGACACCAGUCAAAAGAAGGCUGCAGUCAAAACUCAGGAAAAAGUGGAGUCCGUGUCAGUGACCAAAACUACCUCAGCCAAAGUGUCUGCUCCUGAGAGAGCCAGGAGGAGUCGAAGCAGCAGCUCAGGUCACAGCUCCUCAGAGGACGACUCCGGCUCUAAAGGUGCUUCAUCAACAUCAGAGUCUGACAGUGAGAGCGAGGUGAGUGACUCGGAGGAGGAGAAUCAUCAACGUAGACCUAAAGCAAGAGUAACAAGAAGGAACCGUGCGAAGCAGAGGAAAAAAGUUGCUGAGAGCGACAGUGAAGAAGAGGAAGAAGAUGAUGAAGAGGAGGAGGAAUUUGACAGUGAGGGUGAAGAGGGAGAGGAUGGAGAGGCGUCGUCCACUUCAGAUCGUCGCUAUCCCAGCAGGAGUACACGGCGGACCAGAAACAGCGCUGCUGGGGACAGAAAACGUGCAGAGUGCAGAGCGGAGAUGAACGGUCACAGCAGCAGGUCGUCUCGCAGGGAGAGGCGUCCCCGCUGCGACUCUGACAGGGCCAAGUCUCAAGGCUCCGACAGGGAGGAAGUGACAGUUCGCGGGUUGCUAAAAAGAAAGACUGCUCGGGCAGCCGUGAAUAAGAUGAAGCUCCUUGAAGCGUCUGAUGAAGACUACCAGGAGGAGGAGGAGAAGCCGAGGAGGAGCAGCAGCCGCCUUCGCCACACUGUCCGGGUCAGCAAACGCACGGCGGUGCUCAAGAGCAGCUCAGAAUCAGACGAAGAGUCAGCAGCAGCUUCCCAAAAUACAAAGGAAUCAGGAAGUGAGUUUAAGGAUGAGGAGGAUGGCAAUGACAGCGAUACCUCAUCGUUCUCCCAGAGUAAGCAGAAUGGAAACACAAAGAACUCCAAACAAGCUGCCAAGAUUAAGAAAAAUGGUACUUUGUCCCGUGUGAAUGGACACAGUGCAAAACAUCACACGCCCAAGAGCAACUCUGAGCAGGAGGAAACUUCCGGAGAGAGCUCUGGAGAAGCGGAGGAGGAGGAACAGCAGCCACCUCGGUCUCAGAAACCGUCAAGGAGCACGGCAGCUGCCCCAGUGAGAAAAAGUAGGAGUACAAGCGAGGAGGAAGAGGAGACGAAAGACAUCCGCCCCCUCAACACACGACACAAACCUCCCGUAAGCUCAGACGAAGAGGACAAACGGCCACACCAAAAUGGAAGAAAUGUGGAGGAAGCAGUUCACAAAGACCCGAAGAAAAAAAGCAAAGUUUCUCCGUCAAAAAGCCAAGACAAACAAAAAUCUGCCUCAGCUCAUAAACUGGAUGGUGCGGAAUCAGAUGAACUCUGUGAUUCUCCAAAGAGAUCCAGCCCACGCAAGAAAAGGCUGAAAAAAGGUGACGAGCAGGAUGCGGAAAGCAAACGCUCCAGCGAUGAGUCCGACUUUGAAACGAGGACGAAAAGGCUGACGAGGAACAGGACCAUAUGCAAACGGCCUCGCGGCGACUCCUCGGCUUCGCAGAGCUCGGAGCAAGAGUACAAACCCAAGAGGAAGUCAAGGAGGAAACGCUCUACUGGCUCCUCGGACCAGGAGUCGGAUAAUUCGGAAAAUGCGCCGAAAAGGCGGCUGAGCCUCCGAGCCCUGCCGAAAAAGAAAUACAUCAGUGACAACUCAUUCUCUGAGGAAGACUCUGCUUCUGCGAAGCCGGGCAGGCAGAGAACUGGCAACAGAACAGCGAGAGAAUCUAGAGAAGACAGUUAUAACACAAGAGUGUCUAACAGGACUUCCCCGAGUGAAACCAGGAAUUGUGUGUCUUCCAAGAGAAAAUGUAUUUACACCUCAGACUCUGAUGAUGGGGAUGAGGACAGAGAGAAAGAGCCAGUAUCCAAGAGCAACAAAAACAGCAAGUCAGGCCCCUCAAAGUGCGCCAAAAAGGACGCCAAGCGUGGUAACGGCAAUGAGCAGGACACCUCUUCCCACUCUGAUUCUAGUGAGGAGGAAGAGGAGAAGGAAGAGGAGGAUGAGGAACAUCUUGGCCGUUCGACAAGGGGAAAGGAAAGCGCGAGGCAGCCCAAACGCAAACGAAAAGAAAGCUACAGCAGCAGCAAACACAGCUCGGACUCAGAAAGCGAGCAGUCGUCUUCAGCCUCUGAAAACUCUUUUGCCAGCUCAGGGUCCCACAGCAGUCCAAAGAGAUGCCGCACACGGUCGGGGAUCGGCGAAAGGACUGCCAGUCGCCAGCUUAGGCAGCGCCGCCAGAGGUCCGCCUCGGAAGAGAAGGACAGCGACGAGUCGUACAGCAAACCGCGGAGGAAGACGCGGGUGAACACCCGAAACCGUGGGAAACGGACGGUUAAGUACAACGACAGCGAAUGAAGGACAUAGCUGCUGGAGGUUACAGGCUUUAGAGGGAAGACGAAGCCGGACGUUAACUGGAGAGCUUAAGACACUUGAUUGGCCACCUUACGGUAGUAGCACUGGAGUCCUCGAGAGAAAAAUGCUGUGAAUCUUUCAUUCAGGGAUAUUUAUAUUUUCUAUGAAAAAAGAUUAAAGGAAAAUUUAAAAAAACAACAAAAACCAUGUUUAUAGAUGUAAUACAAACUCAAGCAUUUGAACUGCUGGUUUUCACAAGGAUGAAGAGCAAAACAUCACUUCCCAUACUGCGUGUGGUGAUUUUUGCCAGCAAAAGGUUUGGCAGAGGCUAUUCUGGGGAAUCUUGUCAGCUUGGGUGCUAAUCUAAUAUACCUCUGUUUAAUCAAGCAUACUGCUGGCUUGCACUAAGAUACACUGUAAUGAGGUAUUUCAUACACUAGUUUUGCAUUAGAAACUCAGGGGUCAACUAAGUUUACUGUAGUCUCAGACAUGCAGUUUUUUGUUUUUGUUUUUUUGGUUUAUUUUGUCUCUUUUGAGCUAAGGUAAGGACAAGAAGCAAUUCCAGGUUGGCAGAUGUCCAAGCACAUUUACUGGGACAAAAACUAAUCCAAGUUUAGACUUUUUGACUACAGCACUCCUUUGUAAAUCCAUAUACUUAAUGCUUGACUGUAUUGUGAGUUGAUAUGAGCCAAAUGAACUUCUUUUCCCCUUACAUUUCUUCUUCUUUUGUUUCUAUUAGGUUUGUGUUGUAUUCUAGUGAAUAGGUGUAAAUAUGUGAUUAAGAAAUUGCCUGAACUUCUUGGUGAUCGUUCAGUGGCAAAGAGUUUAUUUAAAUUUGAGCUAUUUCCUUUUUUUCUUUUUUCUUUUUAUACACAUUAACUGCAUUGUCUUGCCAUAUGUCACAAUUUGGUACUUUUUUCUUUUUCUUUUUCUUUUUUUUUGCCAAGUACAAGUAACCAAAAGUACUUAAUGCAAAUUAAUGUGAUUUCUCAUAUUGGGAAGACUUUUUAUUGUUGUUCUGUGUUACCUUCUUUCAGUAUUAAAGUCUUUUUUUUUUUUUUUGGAGUUGACUUAAAACAUUUUUUUUGCCAGUCAUGAUUUUGUUUUUGUUUAUGGGGAGGUUUCUGAAUACAGUCGCUUUAUGACAUUUUGCUUAAUGUUUUUUCGUACUACACCUUUAAUAAACAGAUUUCACAGGAAGACUAUUAAUGCAAUUUGUUCAUGGAGUACAAUGAAUGACUUAUUCUUCCUCUUAAUAAAGGCAUCA